AUGGCAGAAAGGACAGAAAAAAUACUGGUAGAAGAAGAAAUGAUACAAAGCCGAGGGAAAAAGGGCAAACGAAGCAAGAAGGUAUUAAAACGAAGAGAGGGCUGUGGGCAAGAUACAGCCAUAGGGAAGAAAGCCUUGAAGACACAGUAUUGGGAGGAGGCUGAUUUAACUGAUGAAGAUAUUCGAAGCAGGAAUAGGGAAAGAGUUGGGAUAGCAGAUAUUGCCAGAUCAUCAACAGACUUUGCAAACUUCAUACAAGAAGCAGAGUUAAUUGAUCUUCCCCUAGCUGGUAAAAAAUUCACGUGGUAUAGGAGGGGAAAGAAUCGCAAUGAGCAGACUGGAUUAUUCCUUAUCAUACAGAACUGGUUAUCGCUCUUCUCAACGAUCAAUCAAUGGUGCUUAGAAUGCUCUAUAUCUGACCAUAUUCCUAUCUGUCUGGGAAUUGAAGCACAGGAUUGGGGACCAAAACCGUUUAAAAUUUUUAAUCACUGGCUUAAGAAUGAGGAGUUCCAUUGGCUGGUAGAAAAUAAAUGGAGCUUAUACGAGGUGGAGGGAUACACAGGUAACAGGGCGAUGCAAAAGCUCAAACUUCUGAAGAAGGACAUCAGACAAUGGAACGAUCAUGGGAAAGGAGAUAUGGAAGCCUCAAUAGACUCACUAGAGAAGGAGAUAGCAUUGUGGGAGAGAGAGCAUGAAGUCAAACCAAUGGAGAAAAGCAUCAACUUGGCUAUAGUAACAAAAAAAGAAAUGUUAUGGGGAUUACAAAGAAAGGAAGAACAAACAUGGGGGCAGAAGGCAAGAGUAAAGUGGAUACAAGAGGGAGAUAAGAACACAAAAUAUUUUCACUGUAUUGCCAACAACAGAUGGAGAAAUAAUUUCCUCAGCUACAUAUCCCACAGAGGCAAAAGAUUUAACAACCCAAAGUAG